AGUUAUGUGAAUAUCCAGACCUAGUUAUCACUUAGUUUAUCCUCUCUCCCUUUAUGUCUUCUUCAAUGUUUUUGCUUCACUUAAAUAUUCCCACAUUUAUUGCAUCUAACUCCAAGAAAUAGUGAAGAAAUAUAUUAGAAAACAGAAAUUCCUCACAAAAGACACGUAAAGGAACACAUGAAGAAUGGCUUUAUAAAAGCAACAUCUGGUAUCAACUGAAAUUUGAAGUAAUUUAAUGAAAUUAUAAGGAAAGAUAUUACAUCUGUGUUGAAUGAGCAGUAAACAACAUCAUGGAGAAAACAGCAUGUGAGAACCAGGUUCAUAAUGAAACAUCAUCUGAUAAGAAAGAUUUAUCCCAUGAGGACCAAUUGAAUGUAGCAAAAAAAUUGCACACCUGUAACAUAUGUUUUAAAAUAUUCUCUGACAUUGACAGUUUGACUAAUCACAAACAUAUCCACACCGAAGAUAAUGCACACCUAUGCAAUGUUUGUGGUAAAAAGUUCUCACGAAAAACAAUUUUAACUCGUCACAAGCAAACACAUGAAAAAGAAAAGCCCUACUUCUGUGAUGUCUGUGGUAAAACAUUUCCUGACAUUACAAAAUUAGCUUGUCAUACAUGUACCUACGCAAGUGAGAAACCAUAUGUGUGCAACGUCUGUGGUAAAAAAUUCUCACUGAAAACUAAUUUAACUCGUCACAAACAUUCACAUACGGAAGAAAAACCAUACCGUUGUGAGAUUUGUCCUAAAGCGUUUUUGAAGUUCGAAGAGUUAUCUUCUCAUAUUCAGACUCACUCAGAUAAAAAACCGUACCGUUGUGAUAUAUGUAAUAAAGCAUUUUCUAAAAGGAAAACAUUAGCCAUCCAUAAACAUAUUCACAUCGAUGAGAAACCAUAUCACUGUAAUGUUUGUGGGAAAACAUUUUCCAAAAGUAAACCAUUAACUAUCCAUAAACGUAUUCACACCAAUGAAAGACCAUACGAAUGUGAUGUGUGUGGUAAAGCAUUCUCUCAGAGUGGGUAUUUAACUUCUCAUAAACUUAUUCACACGGGAGAGAAACACUUCCAAUGUGAUACCUGUGAUAAAACAUUCUCUCGCAAAGAUUACUUGAAACGUCACAGACGUAUUCAUACAGGGGAAAAACCAUAUGAAUGUGAGAUCUGUGGUAAGAGAUUCUCUGGAAGUGCAAAUCUAACAUGUCAUAAGCGUAAACAUACAGGUGAGAGGCCAUACGAGUGUAAUAUCUGUGGUAAGACUUUCUCAACAACUGGAAAUUUAUCUUGUCAUAAACGUAUUCAUUCAAACGAGAAACCAUAUCAGUGUGAAAUCUGUAAAAAGACAUUUGCUCAGAAUGGGCAUUUAACAAAUCACCGAAGUGUUCACACAGGUGAGAAACCAUACCACUGUGAUAUCUGUGAUAGAAGAUUUUCUAUAACUGGAGAUUUAAGACGUCACAAACUUACUCACACUGUUGAAAAGCCUUACCAGUGUGACAUAUGUGGUAAAAAGUUCACUACGAAUGAAAAUUUAAAUUCUCAUAAACAUAUUCACUCAGAGAAAGCUCACCAAUGUGAUAUCUGUGGUAAAAUAUUUUCACUGAAGAGAUAUUUAAUUAGACACAAACAUAUUCACACAAGUAAGAAACCAUUCAAAUGUGACAUUUGUGGUAAAACAUUCUCUCUACUUGCAAACUUAACUCUUCACAAGCAUAUGCACACAAGUGAGAAACCAUAUUCGUGUGAUAUCUGUGGUAAAAUAUUUGCACGAAAGAGAUAUUUGAUUAGGCACAAACAUAUUCAUAAAGACUUCAAACCUCCCCAGACUGAUGAGAUUUGUGAUAAAACAUACCCUGAAAGUGAAAAUCUAACUUCUCAGAAAGAUAUUCACUCAGAGAAACCACAUCAAUGUGAUAUCUGUGGUAAAAUAUUUGCACAAAAGAGGUAUUUAAUUAGACAUAAACAUAUCCACACAGGUGAUUACCAUUGUGAUGUAUGUAACAAGACAUUCUCUCGAAAUGAAUAUUUGACACUUCACAAACGUAUUCACACAGGAGAAAAACCAUAUCCAUGUGAUAUCUGCGGCAAAGCAUUCUCUGCAAGUAAAAUUUUAACUCGGCAUAAAUUUACGCACACAAGUGAUUUAGUUACCUGUGAUAAACAAGUUUCACCUAAAACUACUUUAAAUAUUCACCCUCAGAAAAGCAGUCUGGAAGUUCUCUCACCUCCCAAACUCCAGCAAAGCCAUCUGGUCCCUCACCAAGAGAGUUCAUGGAAUCCUCCAACCCACCAUUCUCCAACCAAGAUGCCUCUGUUAGCGCACCCAAUGUGAAAACCUCCAUCUUUGUUGCUCGUAUCAUUUCCAAAUACACACUGCUCACAUCAACAAAACCCCUUCAAAGUCCCCCAUUUUACCACCAGUUAUCGUGUGUAAAAAUGGGGUCUAGUUGGUUUGGCUGCCAGCAUUUCAAAAUUUAAAGUUUAUCGAAAAUUUUUAAAUAUACUUUUCCAAGCUGAAUUGUUGGAGUUAUUUCACUUUUUUCUGGUAUACGUUUUUAAUAAGUUAUAGAGGUUUAAAGUUUGAUCAUUUUCACCCAGUCAGGAAACAGAAUUUGGAAGCUGUCAUUUUGUGUGUAACUACACGUAUUGUCAACAUUAUGAAAAUAGCACACGUUUUUAUAUGAAACUGUAAACUAAUCACAUUCUCCUUAACAUACGACAUUUCACCCUUCAUGACUUUUUUUUUAAAUAUGGAAUUUGCAGAAAAUUUUUACGAAUUUGUACUCUACACACAGGAAUUUGUACGAUUAUGCAAUAGGUGUGACUCAAGGCCUAUUUAGCUGUUAUUUUUAGCACAUCUCACGACCAGGAUACAAGCAACAGAACACCACGUCAAGGCACAUGGCAUUGUGUAGAAUAUAUUUGUCAACACACAUACUUUCUCAUUAACAAAAAGAGUUCUUAUGCUUUGUUUGUUACUAUGGAAACAGGCAUGAAUGUACCUGUGGCUUACAAUUGGCUAAAAUUACCCCAAAUUUUCAAACUUUAAUUGCUAAUAACUCUUUAUCUAUUGAUUUAUAGUGAAAAUGAUUGUCACAUCACUCAUUGGCCUAUAAAAGCGUAUCAUUACACUGAAUAUGAAAUCAGUUGAAACAGAAAUUGAUGUUGGCAGCCAAACCAACGAGAUCCUUAAAAUGUUCUUUCAUUACUUCAUAACCCAAGAUUGGCAAUUAAUACUGACCUUGUUCUUUUCAUCACUCUCAACCAAGGCAUUUCAGAACUACAUCCAGUCCUUAUCAGACUCCAUCUAUCUACAAGCCUCUGUCACAACCCAUGGAAACAUGCAGCAGUUUAUCCCUUUAGCUAAAAUCAUGUCUCUGCUGACUAACAUAUCGUUCUCUCUCUCUCUUUCUCCCUCCCCUUCUCUCUCUCUCUCUUAGCACCUCAAUGAAGAUUGACUCAAUUACAAACAACUCCUUCGUGGACAUUCAUCUUCAUACAAUUUCUGCAGAACCACUUAAAAUGGAGACUUGCUUUUGUCUAUCAUUCACCUGUUCUUGCUGCUCUUGAGAACUAUCGAAAGCAAAAAUUGUGGUACUCGAAGUUGGUAAUUCUCUCAAUCAUGUUUGGAAUGAGAACCUCCUGCCUUAGUUGUCCACAUAUAGUCUCCAUCUAUCUUUCAUUCCUUGGAUUUCUGUCAGACCAUUACAACAUGUAUUGUCAAAAACCACCUGAUUCAUAUUCUAUAAACUCUGGUGUACUCCAAGGUUUAGUUGUGUCACCCACGCAUUUUCUUCAUAUAUAUAUACAACAGCAUCAAUGUACAACCUGGUUGGCACUCCGUCGGUUACGACGACGAGGGGGAUUCCAGUUGAUCCGAUCAACGGAACAGCCUGCUCGUGAAAUUAACGUGCAAGUGGCUGAGCACUCCACAGACACGUGUACCCUUAACGUAGGUCUCGGGGAUAUUCAGCGUGACACAGUGUGACAAGGCUGACCCUUUGAAUUACAGGCACAACAGAAACAGGAAGUAAAGGUGAGAGGAAGUUGUGGUGAAAGAGUACAGCAGGGUUCGCCACCAUCCUCUGCCGGAGCCUUGUGGAGCUUUAGGUGUUUUCGCUCAAUAAACACUCACAACGCCCGGUCUGGGAAUCGAGACCGUGAUCCUAUGAGCGCGAGUCCGCUGCCCUAACCACUGGGCCAUUGCCCCUCCACAAUGUACCACCUAAGCAGCAGCUAUCAGCCGUGCAUUGCCUCUGUGAAGAGGCAAUGCACGGAAAGGUCCUCGGAUGAGUUGUGUGACUGCCCAGUUUAGUCUCUUCAAGAAGAUCCGUCUUGGUCACCAUCUUCACUGGUCCUGAACAAUACAGAAUUAAAACCCUUGAAGUUUCUGAUUUCUUUAUUGCCCACAAGGGGCUAAACAUAGAGGGGACGAACAAAGGGAUUAAGUCGAUUACAUCGACCCCAGUGCAUAACUGGUACUUAAUUUAUCGAUUCCGAAAGGAUGAAAGGCAAAGUUGAACUCAGAACGUAACGGCAGACGAAAUACCGCUAAGCAUUUCGCCCGGCAUGCUAACGAUUCUGCCAGCUCACCGCCUUUAAGAAACCCUUGAAGUUUCUGAUGAUGUUAGACCUCAAUCAUCUAUGAUCUCGUAUUGUCCUCUUUCUUUAAACACUUGUUUCUUACUACCUCCUUCCUGUAAAGAUCAUUGAAGUAACAUCCACUGAUCUAUCUAUCUUCCAAGGCCUGACUAAUAUAUAAACAUCACUGUCACAUAUUCCUUUUAGUUAAAUUGACUAUAUCUAUCUAAGUUAUCUGUAAUUAAUCAUUAACGUAGAUUGUACAAUGUGUAAAACUAAACCUGCAAAGUCCUGAAAGCAUCUAAACUAAAUGAAACUCAGCUAGAUUGAAUAUAUGUUCCCAAAGUUGUCAGACAUUUUGUGAACUUCAUAAAAUUUUUACUCCAAAGUCAGUUUAGAAGAAGACUAAAUAUAUUCUUCUACAACAGUGGUUCUCAACCAUUUUUUUUUUUUGCCUGUGGAUCUCUUUGAUUCCUGUUUUACUCAGGUAGACCCACCCCCAUAACAAUUCAAUGUUUGAAAGAUCCUAUUAUAUCUUUAUAAUUAAAUAUUGGGAAUUGAAUUUUAAAAAUUGUUAAAAUAUUUCAUGUAUUUUAGAAAUAUAAGCAAUUUAUUGCACCUAAGUUUUAACUAAAUUUUCUAUGGACCCCUUUUGAGAACUUAGAGACAAAAAAUUAAUUUGCUGUGUGGCAUGUAUAUAAUUGUUCUCAUACUUGUAAUAUCUGGUAAAACAUUUAAUUUGGUCACCAAUAUAUUCAUGCUGUUGAUAAGUUAUACUAUGAUAGACGUAGUAUAACAUUGCCAAGGACCAAUGCAUUGACCCGUCUUGUUACAAUAUUUCUGUUGAAAUACACUCUGUUUCAAUUCAUACUGAGUAUAAUGGAGAAUUUAGUUAAAUAACUUUGUCAUUAUUAAACUGGGCGUUUGGAACAUAAAUUAAUGGGAAAUUUUGAUGGAAGGUUUCAAUUUAAAUCUCUUCAAAACAGGAAAUUUGUAUCAUAGAACCAGGAGCUGUCCCAGGUGGGUUAUUAUAAAAAAGGUUUAACUAAUCAUAAAUAUAUUUAUACAGAUGGUAUAUGACCUGUUACAUACGAUUGAGAAUGUCUGAUAAAAAAUAUUUGAGACUUAGUUUCAUAAAUGUAAAUUUUCAAUUCUGAAAUAUUUCCAUAUUACAUUCUUCAUAUUUAAAUUUUUUCACUCUUUGAUUGACAAAAGUUGGAGGUUAUUUUUGUAAACUUUGUUCCAGAACUCUCAUCACCAUUCUAUUUAUGAGCCUACAAAGGAUCCUCUACAGGUUUCCUAUGAGGAGUAACUAAAUCUCCCUUAUAUUACACCCUCCUAUCUUGACAAAAGAAGGGCUACAUUGGAUAAUGUAGUCCUAGGUAUGUAGUGGCCAGUAGGAAUACUGGGUGAUUGUGCAGCAAUCCUGGUAUCUGACCUGGAUUAUAGGCUCAAUUGGUGGACCUGGGGCUAAAUUACAAUAUUGUAUAUAAACUUGUAUGUGUCACUAUAACCACUAACUUGGUCAAAUGUUAUUAUUGUGAGACCGUUUGUGGUGUUAUUUGUAAUUGUACUUUAUAUAGAUAUAUGAACGUUCCUGUCAAAUUAUUGCAGCUUAAAAUAUAUGCUUGGUAAAAUUAUUUCCUUGAAUUAGAAAAACCUAAUUUCAUUAGAAAUAAAUAUUGAUUUUUGAAAAUGAUA